AUGGAGGCAGAAAGUAUAAUCAAAACAGCAUUGAUGAACCAGUAUGAGGAUAGUAUCGUACAAGUGAAGAACCAGUAUGAGGAUAGUAUCGUACAAGUGAAGAACCAGUAUGAGGAUAGUAUCGUACAAGUGAUGAACCAGUAUGAGGACAGUAUCGUACAAGUUAUGAACCAGUAUGAGGAUAGUAUCGUACAAGUGAUGAACCAGUAUGAGGAUAGUAUCGUACAAGUUAUGAACCAGUAUGAGGGCGGUAUCGUACAAGUGAUGAACCAGUAUGAGGAUAGUAUCGUACAAGUGAAGAACCAGUAUGAGGAUAGUAUCGUACAAGUGAUGAACCAGUAUGAGGAUAGUAUCGUACAAGUUAUGAACCAGUAUGAGGGCGGUAUCGUACAAGUGAUGAACCAGUAUGAGGAUAGUAUCGUACAAGUGAUGAACCAGUAUGAGGAUAGUAUCGUACAAGUGAUGAACCAGUAUGAGGAUAGUAUCGUACAAGUGAUGAACCAGUAUGAGGAUAGUAUCGUACAAGUGAUGAACCAGUAUGAGGAUAGUAUCGUACAAGUUAUGAACCAGUAUGAGGGCGGUAUCGUACAAGUGAUGAACCAGUAUGAGGACGGUAUCGUACAAGUUAUGAACCAGUAUGAGGGCGGUAUCGAACAAGUGAUGAACCAGUAUGAGGACGGUAUCGUACAAGUUAUGAACCAGUAUGAGGACGGUAUCGUACAAGUGAUGAACCAGUAUGAGGACGGUAUCGUACAAGUUAUGAACCAGUAUGAGGAUAGUAUCGUACAAGUUAUGAACCAGUAUGAGGAUAGUAUCGUACAAGUUAUGAACCAGUAUGAGGAUAGUAUCAUACAAGUUAUGAACCAGUAUGAGGAUAGUAUCGUACAAGUGAUGAACCAGUAUGAGGACGGUAUCGUACAAGUUAUGAACCAGUAUGAGGAUAGUAUCGUACAAGUGAUGAACCAGUAUGAGGAUAGUAUCGUACAAGUGAUGAACCAGUAUGAGGAUAGUAUCGUACAAGUUAUGAACCAGUAUGAGGAUAGUAUCGUACAAGUGAUGAACCAGUAUGAGGAUAGUAUCGUACAAGUUAUGAACCAGUAUGAGGAUGGUAUCGUACAAGUGAUGAACCAGUAUGAGGAUAGUAUCGUACAAGUUAUGAACCAGUAUGAGGAUGGUAUCGUACAAGUUAUGAACCAGUAUGAGGAUAGUAUCGUACAAGUUAUGAACCAGUAUGAGGAUGGUAUCGUACAAGUGAUGAACCAGUAUGAGACGGUAUCGUACAAGCAAUGA